AUGAUCAGCAAUGAAGUGGAAAUGCUAUUGAAUGAUCCUGAUUUUAAAAUCAAAAUAGUAAUGGUUGGAUCUCCUAAUAGUGGAAAAACAUCAUUAGCUACUCGAUUUGCUAAAUGUGAAUUUGAUAUGAAUAAAUCGUAUGAACAUUCUACAGAUACGAGUAUUCAGUUGGCUAAAAUUGAUGUCAAUGAUAAACAAGUUACAACUGAAAUUUGGGAUUGUAUCAGUGAAUUGGGAGUUGCCCAUGAGGAAAAGAGAAGAUUACAAUAUUUGAAUACUAUGGCUUUUAUAAUUUGUGUGUCACUGACUGAUGAGUCAACUUUGGAGGAUGCUCUUCAUUAUUGGAUUCCUGAAAUUAAGAAAUAUUCACCUGAUACACCAAUUGUCUUAUGUGGAUCUAAACUUGAUCUUGUUAAGAAUGAUUCUUCAAUUGGAACACAAAAUCAAAAUAGGUAUACUACUUAUGAACACAUGGUUCAUCAAGCUAAAAGAAGUAAAUGUAAAACCUAUGUGGAAACAACGUGCAUAUCAGAUGUGACAGUUGUUCAAUUAUUUGCAACAGCAAUCCAAUGUGCCUUAGGUCUUUACAAGGACGAUGACUCUUCCAAAAAAUGCUCUCUCAUGUAA